AUGCAGCAAAAUAAACAAAUUGGGAGUGGAAUUGGAUCUUAUUCAGCCUUCAAGGAUGUUGAGGUACAGAACCAGAUUCAAUCUUUGUCAUAUAAGCAACAGUGGAUUGCAAAAGCGACCAGAGUUCCACCUAGAAAAGUUCAUACAACCGACAUUUCCAGGAUAAAAAACAGGCUUUUUGCCUUUAAUCAAAGGAACUGUGCAUUAUCAAUUGGAACUAUGGUUGGGAGUUGUAGACAUAUUUGUUCUUGGGCAAAGCUUCUUGGAUUAACUGUUUCUUCAUUUCUUUUUAUAUGGACAUUGUGCUCUUUUUCAAUUAUAAAGUAUUUGAAGGGAGACCAAAAUAUUGAAUACUUUUAUACAAAUCUACUUUGUUUAGUAAUAUCGCUAAUCUCUCUUUCCAUGUUAUCUACCUCCCUAAUUAUUCCAAGAAUAACUACAAUCAAUUUAAAUUCGAUGGAAACCUCAUUGUUAGCAAGUUCGGGUGUAGCAACUCGCAAUCUAAUUUCAUACAAAACAUUAUCAACAAUUUAUUUGAUUGUAUCUCUAUUGUCCAUUUUCCCAGCAUCAAUGCUCCAAAUGGAUUCAUAUAACUUCACGACUACAAUACUUUCAGCGAUACUUGCUGCUCACCUUGCACCUUCAUUUUUGUUCUAUAUUGCUCAUUUACGUCGUGAAGAUGGUUAUAAUGAUGAUAGGAACAUUCAUACGCCACUAUAA